CCGGGCUGACUGUGACCUCAGCUACAAGAGGAAGAAGAGAAGAAGGAAGAAGUUGCAGUGGGUGGGGGAAAAGGAAAACGCACAGUUUUUUGGUUUGUUUGUUUUUCCUCUAGUCUUCAAGGGAAACGGACGCAUUAAGUGCAGGCAGCGCGUUGUGUUGCAAACAUGCACCGCGUGUAGUGAAGACAACGAGAAAGAAGACUAUGGCAGCACACAACCACACAGUUGUAUACUUGUCUGAGCAGGUGGUUGUGUUGUGUUCAUGCGCCAUGUCAUUUGUGGGCUCGUCGCUCAUUAUCGUCACUUACAUUAGUUUGGCGGAUUUGAGGACCACUCCGCGCAAACUGCUUCUCUUCCUCUCGGUGGCCGACUGGCUCUCCGCGGUCUCGUAUGCCUACGGAGUGUGGAAAGUGUUCGACUCCGACUCGCCGGAUUGCGUCGCUCAAGGAGCGAUAUCCACUUUCGCCAACACCAGCUCCUUUUUCUGGACGGUGGCCAUCGCAGUCUACUUGUAUGUGCUCAUCGUCCAGUCCAGUCGGAGAGCUGCAGACAGUCUGGUGCUGGUCUUCCACCUGGUCAGCUGGGGCGUUCCUCUGGCCAUCACAAUUGCAGGCGUGUGCCUCAACAAGAUUGGCUACACAGCGUCAGAGGUGUCAGUUGGCUGGUGCUGGGUCAGAAUCCACAUCCCUGAUCGUAUCCUAUGGAUGCUGCUGAGUGGAAAGAUUUGGGAAUUCUUGGCUUACCUCACCCUCCCUGUCCUCUACAUCCUUAUCAAGAGACACAUUCACACAGCGCAUGCAGCCCUUUCUGAGUACCGUCCCCUCUUGGCCAAUAGGACGCCAUCGUACUCCUUCUCCACCAUGGCGGACAUGAAGCUGACUCUCAUCCCUCUCAUCUUCAUCAUGUUGCGCAUUUGGAGUACUAUCCGCUUUAUUCUGUUGCUGGCCGGAUCCCCAGCGGGCCAGAACCCUGUGCUGGUCAUGCUACAUGGCAUUGGCAACACGUCGCAGGGAGCAGCCAACUGCAUCAUGUUUGUGUUCUUCACUACACCGGUCCGGAUGCGCCUCUUCGCUUCUCUUUGCCGCUGCCGUGCGGGCUCAUCAGAGCGGCAGAAAGCGCAAGAUGACAGUCGCGAGCUGCCGCCUGAACUUCCCGUGUCAAAUCAGAAAGAGGUAGAGUUCACGAGUGGCGAACACACUGACAGGUGAUGCUCAGUUGUACAGAAGGUGGACUUACUUAACAGGCGUGUGGUGAGAAAAAAAAAAGCAUCUUACAUUUAAGUUGAUGUUUCUCCAAGAUGAAUGAUUUUAUCACGACUCAAUUUUUUGAGUUUGUAUGGAUCGAUUCAUAAUCAGUUUAAUCAAGUAUUUGUGGAGAUGAAAAAUAUGUGAAUGUUUUUGGCUAUAUUCAUAGCAUUGUCGCCAUUUUUGAAUUGAAUCAUUAUAUACUUUGAAAGAAAGCUGCACCAAUAAACAGAUUCAAUGUUGUCACGAUAUAA